AUGGAGCAUCUUUGGCUGCCCGUUUUGGCAGGAGCAGGAAGCGCUCGAAAGGGCUCGGGCAGAGGAACAGGCUGCAGAGGAAGGGCGGCAGCGAAAGGAACAGGAGGCACUCGCGAGGGCCCGCGCCGAGGAAGAGGCACAAAAAAUGCGCGGACAAGAGGUGGACCGCACUUGCUUUACCGAGGUAGGCAUCCGGCAACUGCUGCCGUCUUUUUUGCCAGUUCGACAUGCUGCUUGCUUCCUACAGUUUUGUGCAGGAGCAAGGCAAGGCUGCAGAGGAGGUGCGUGUCAGCCCGAGUGGAUCAUGCAGCGUUCGCGAAUGGUACCUGUGCACAGGAGAGGGCACGAUUAGAAGCAGAAAGGCGUCGGCAAGAGGAAGAGGAGGCGCUCGAGGGGGCUCGCGCAGAGGAGAACGCACGCUUGGAGGAGUCGCAACGAAACGAGGCAGCAGAGGAGCUGCGCAGACAAGAGGUGGGCAGUAACUUUUGUGUUUUCCAGGUUUGA